AUGGUGGAGAUCCUUCCAGCUCGUCCGCCCACACCUCCAAGGACAGCUUCACGAUCUGCUGGCGAAACCCGAACUGAGUCGGCUGUUCAAACCCCCAAGGAGUCUCCCUUCGUGGCAUUUGGCUCUGCUGGUCCUGCUUCCUCAAACAGAAGCUCCAAGCGUGUGAAUUUCUCACCGUGGCCCAAGUACAUUAAGCCGCCAACAUUCACUAGUGCCUCAGAAUUGGUUCUUGACCUCAAAUCCAACCCUCCGUCGACCGGUUCGAAGCCUGCAAAAUCGAUCCUCAAGGCCACACAAUCACCAAUUCCAGUUUGGUCACCAAAUGUCGAUACAUUUACUACCGAGUCACUCGCCAUGUUACUUGAAUCCGUGAUUCAACAACUCGCAGGCGAAACACUCAGCUCGCGACUCGAUGCCUAUAUGCAAUUCUUUGGAGCGCUUCGGACAUAUGAUGGACUUCCCUCCGGCCAAGACAUUGCCGAUAAGUUAAAUCUGGUUACAGAAUUCAUUCAACGCGAUGUAAAUCGAGACCUUGUGAAUGGCGGACCUAUCGACACAAAUCUUGCCAACCAGGCUUUAAAGCUAUCGGCUGCAUUUGUCUGGCACGCCGACAUCUCAACUCAACUUUCUGAUGAAUUUAAGAUCUUCUUGGUGGAAAACGCAAUCACAUGUCUUCAUGAGGCCAAGGUUCCAAAGUCUGUUUUGUCGCACUAUAUGUCCAUCAUGUCGACCCAGAACUUUGGUCCGAAGAUUAUGACAAGCGCUCGCAUCACCCGUCUUCUUACCGUCCUCCAAGACAUUACUAAGAAUAUCCCUGGCAAUGCGAUUGUUUCGCAUCGAUUGAACAUAUAUCAACGCCUCCUCGGCCAGGCCAAGUCAGGUUUCCUCGCCCAGCCACACUUAUGGAUCGAACACCUAAUAUCUAGUUUGCUUCAUCAUUUGAAGGAUACAAGAUCAAAAGCGAUUGCCCUUGGAUUCCAAAUUACUGCAGAAGCUGGUCCAAAUCCUGUUUUGUCCAAGAAUAUCCGCGAGCUUUUCAGCCGCACACUUGAGCAUGACCGGAAAUUAGUCACAGAGAUCUGUGAGCGUAUGACUCGAAUGAUGUCGUCUGUGGAAAGUGGUGUCCAUGUUCCUCAAAUUUGGAGCAUCAUAAUAUUACUUCUCAGAAGCAAAAGAUGGAGCUUGGAACAAUGGGAAUAUUUUAAGGACUGGGUUUUGGUACUACAAAAAUGCUUCAAUUGCAGUGAAGCUGCGAUCAAAGCACAGGCCAUCGUGGGGUGGAAUCGAUUCAUCUUUGCCGUCGUUCCGAAUGAAUCGACAAGUCAUCCAUUGCUUAAAAUGCUGGGCAAACCAGUCCUUUCGCAAUUCGACCGCAAGAAGAGUGAUAAGUCCGGAUCGCCGCCAACUCAACUUGCCUUGACCAGUUAUCACAACCUGCUAUACUAUACGUUCCGCCCUUCUGCCUCUAACGAGCAUCUUGACAUCAUAUGGGAAGAAUAUGUCCUUGUGCCUUCUUCGGGUAUAUUUUCGACCAUACCCGCCCUUAGUGAUUGUUUGUCUCGUAUAUUGACAAAUAUUUUGUGGAGCACGCAAGCAAAGAUCUGGACUGAGGGUCGAAUUAACGACACUGCCAAAAUUGAAGCCGAAGAACUUCCUGCCGUUGAUAGUCGCUGGGUUCGGUCAAGAAUUUCGUCAAUUUUGAAAGUUUUUGAGAACCUGUUCAAAUCCUCGGUUUGGGUUGACACCGCAAUUGAAUCGUCACACAUUGCUAUGGCUUGGGUGAGUCUGUCCAACGCCUUGUCGCUCGCAUCGAGCAAGGAAAUUACGCCCUCUGGUGAGUCCAUGCAAGCCGUAGCAGCGGUUCUUGGGUUGUUGCAUCGUCUAUGGGCUACUGGGCCUUGUUCCUUGAACAUCGUCGGAAAUGACAACAAUCUUUUCUUUGAAAGAUUCGGCUUCUUAUCCACGACCAUGAUUGUGGCUCUUGGGGGCAUCCCAUUUACCGAGAAGCUUCUCUUAAAAAGUACGGACGAAACAUUCCAAGCUGCCACCACUCCAACACAUCGUCACGCCGAACCAGGCACCAAUCUAAACAGCCCCAUUCUUCAUCUUCUCCGGACAAUCACCAGCAAUACAGGGGAUACUUCGGCAACGGAUUCCUAUGCGCACUUAGUCACUGGUACCAUCGAAGCUGCCUGUAACAGCAGGAUCUCCCGUGGGUCUCGGCUCGAGCUUUUGCGCCAGUGUGCAGAAUUGAGCACGGCAGAGACCACUGCUUUGCCUGGCACACCCCAAUUGUAUGAGGUUGUUUGGAAAUCGGCUGCACAAGCAGCUUCGAAUGCCCUGCGAUCGUUCCCUAUCGAAUCUGCUCGUGAGCGCGAUGGGUCCGUAUCUCGUGAUUAUGAGAAUGCCAUUAAAUUCCUGACAAUUGGUCUGGCUUUCCCUGCUGUUUUCCAGGAUUGGUCUCAUUUGCUUGAUUCAUUUGUCCAUGUGGUUCGAACGGAAAAGGGAAAUCAAGCAAUCGCCACCAUGAUUGUAGAGCCCUUGGCUGAGCAACUCAUGGGUGUUCCAGCCGACGAUACCUUUCUUCCGUCAACCUCGCUGUUUGGUCACUCUUUGUCUAUUCCAUUCCUACAAGGUACUGGACUUGGUAUCGCGUGUGAUGGGAUUCAAUCGGUCGGGCAUUCCCUCUUCCCCCAUAGACUCGUUGACUCAAUUUCUCGCACUUUGCGUGAUGCAUAUGACGGAUUCAAGGCCCCUGGUGCACCCGGUCUUGCAGAAUUUAUUGAAGCACUGACGUCCUUCUUGGGCUCCGGCAUUCCGCAAUUUCGAUCUCAGCUUCUCCAAAGCCUACAGACACCAAUAAGUCUUUGGCUUGAGGAUGAGCCUUACAAGAUGGGCAUCGACCACGGUGUGGAUAGCAGAAUUAUUACUGCGUGUCGGGCCCUUUCCUCUGCAGCAGUCAACAUCAUACAGUCAUCAAUUACAGACGAUGUGUCGUCUGUCGACAAGUUUCAGGCAAUCUUCUGCGCUGGUUUGAAGUCGUCGCACACUUCAAUUAGCAAGAGAUUUGUUGAGCUUUGGCAUUUGACAAUCGAUUCACAGCCGACAGCCUGUCCUGAAAUUAUUCUAGAAGCUGUGCAGACUGCCGAAUUCAAGCUUCAGAGCAUCAUCUCGCCUUUAGAUGGUGAUCAGGACACUGAAAUGCUGCCUCCGCCGGCUCCGGAAAGGACUACUAGGCGUAAAAGCAAGCUUGGAACCAGUCAAGACAUUCUUAACUCAUCUCCUGUCGUGCAGACACGGGAAUCAACUGCUUCAAGUGGGCUGAGUGAGCCCCAACUGCCUAACAACUUCCAGCUGGGAGUUCCGGAAACUGAAAUCUUUGGAGGUGCUGCUGUAGCCAAAAAACGUCGCACUCGUCGCGAAGUGUUUUCAAUGAUCGAAUCCAUCCAGUCGUCUUCGCCUGCCAACACCCCUCAGAAAUUAGGCUUCAAUACUCCACCUCACUUGCGCCGGCUUCAGUCAUCUGAAACAGCGUCCGAGAUUCCAAUUACCCCCACACUGGCACCAACGGAAAAUGAAGAAGGGUUCAUUGGAUCAUCCCCUACACCAGCGACAAGGGACCCAACACCCGCCGCAAACUCCGAAGCUCCUGGAUCUGCUCUCCAAGAAUCCAACACCAUUCAUGGAACAGACCUUCCGUCCUCCCCUCCUGAGAUUCACUCUCGAAGUCCGAGCCCAUCCAAGGGUCGAAAACAAUCUAGAAGUGCUCGUCGAAAAGCUGCGAAGGCUGCGAGAGUUCUGAGAGGCACUUCAGGCAAACAAUCCACUGUUAACAGUCCCGCUACUUCGCGACUUGCAGCCGAAGAAAACACUGAUGCACCAACGGUUGAUUAUCAUGAUCAAGAUAAAGAAAAUGAAGACGCCACCCCCCGGGCAAAUGCAACAACCGCCAGCAGACGUCUCCGAUCGGGAUUGAGUCAUGAAUCAACCACUUCCGAAGAGCCUUCCCAUAUUCAGAUUUCUGAUUCUCGUGAAACUCCGAUUCAAAAGUCUGCCCGCAAGAGCAAGUCAAACUCCAAUUCCAAGAAGGACAAGAAGAAAACAAGUCUCCAGCCUGCAGCAGGGGAGAACAAGCAAACCACGGAUCUGCCUGCUGAAAUCAACCUUCUGGACGCAUUCAUGGACUCGAGCGAGGAAGUCGAUACGCAAAUUCAAUCUCAACUUGAACAAGAUUUGGAGUUUGCUGUCGACAUGGAUGAGCAGCCUCAAAUUAAGCCCUCAACCGCUUCUUUCCAGCAGUCAGCAGCAAAAAAGAGAAAGCGUGUUGAGGAAGAGCCUCGCCCAUCAAAGCGAAAUGACAGACGUCGGUCAACGCGACUAACCUCUGGUAAGGAUGUCGAAGGCGUGGCCGAAGAUAUGGAUGAUUCUCGUUCACAGGGAUCUACUGUAACCGAACAGACUGAACCAGUCUCAUCUCCUACUGCCACUCGCCGAUCUGCACGUCAUUCUCAGCGCAAAGCGGAGGAGAACAUUCCUGCAGAUGUUGUUCCUGCUACUCAAGAUUCUCCUGCGGUGGAGCCAACAGAAGACGUGGAGACUCCAAGACCAUCUAAGCGGUCGCGCAAAUCACUGCGUCUCGACGACCAGCCUCCCUCGACUGCAAUGGAACUUGAUGUUUCCAGCAAUACCCUCUCCGAUCAACGCAAACGCAAGACGCGGUCUCAACAAAAUAUCUCUCAGCCCUCUGGAAUCUCUUCCGAGGUAUCGCAGCAAGUUCAACUCCAUGAUGACAAUCAAGAGAAGGUUCCUGGGAGCAUUAUGGCCGACGAUCCAGCUGUUGACCGUUCCGCUCCUCUUGCUUCUACUGAGGCGGCAACAGACAGUCAAAUGAGCAAUGCUCACCAAAUUAUCGAAGCUGCUCCAACCGCGGUUACCAAAAUUGAAAUGGAUGACAUGCUCUCCAGCCAGAGACCUGAGCAGACUAUCGGUCUUGCCACGUCGGGUACCCAAACAGAGGACACAAAUACUGCGCCUCAAACAACCAUCAAUCAAGCAAGCAUCACUCAGUCUCUCAAAACACUCUUGGGAGACAUGAAACUGGCAACUCUCGACCCCAACAGCAUCCGCGAGGUCGAUGAUCUCCUCUUCCAUAUCCGUGUCGAAUCACUUCGUGCAUUAGAUCGACACAACACUUCAGCAUAG